AUGGGCUUUAGGAAGAGGCUCUACCAGUACCUAGACAACCGUGCUCUCCUUGGUCCACUCGGAACAAAUCCAACACAGGGCUCAAGCGGCUCAGCGUCUAGGACACCGGAAACUUGGCGCCCAGAAUCCGAGCUCAGCUGCCAGAUCUGUUCCGAGAUCUUCCACCAGCCUCUCCUUCUCUGCCCUUGCUACCACACCUUCUGUGGCCACUGUAUCAAACGCUGGUUUGGCCAAAACACCACUUGUCCCACAUGUCGGACAAAUGCUGAAGCGGCGGUGCCGAAUCGGCAGGUUGCCUCUAUGGCGGAGGCAUAUCUCGACGCACAUCCAUUACAGAAAAAGACAGCGGCCGAGCUGAGAGAAAUCGGACGACUUUAUACUGCGGGGGAGCAGUUGCUGCCUUCACUUCCGCCUGGGCAUUUGUCCGGACCCUCGCCUACAGUUCUGUCUGUCCCUCGUCCAGCUGUCGAUGCGCGGUCCAGAUCUACCUCUCGAACAACACAAGAGGAGCGAUCGACGCAAGCAUCUCCGGGUCAGCACGGCGAGGAUUCUACGACCGAAGACAUGUUCGAGCGACACAUGGCUGAUGCUAUGGAGCGUAGUGCGAUUGAGGAGGCGCUCCGCAGAAGCCUAGCCAGUACCGCGCUCGAACCGCCACCGUCUCGUCGUACAGUCGAGGCAAUCCACGAUCGCCAUCCUGGUGACUACCAUGAGGAAAGAGGAAGACAAACGGAAAGUAGACGGGAAAGGGUACAGGAGGAGAGACUAGCGAACAUAAGGCGGCGGGAACAAGAACGACAGCGGGAGGAGGAAAACCGGCGGGUAGAAUAUCGGAGAAUGCUGAAGGAGGCCCAAGAAGAACGAGAGAAAUUUUACCGGAUGGAAGAGGCGAGAAUGCAAAGGAAGAGGAGGCGAGAAGACGAUCGAAGGAGGCUGUCACCCACUGUCCUAUUUAUACACGGUCAAGAGACUUAA